ACGUAAUUGAUUGAUUUGUGUGUGGGCGUGUGUGUGUUAAAAUCAAUGAUGUUUGAGUGGUGAAGGUGGGGAGGAGUAGUAGGCAGCAACAGUCCGAGCGCUGGUGUCAACUGUGACAGUACCGGUAGGAGCGAUUUUACAAAUGUGAGACGAAGUUAAUCUGGAAAUGUUCUGAAGGCGGUACCCUUCGAUUUUUGGGAGGUCUAUUCCCAAUACUGAGGUAUUUGCCAAAAAUACUGUAGAGAACAACAGUCUGGGUGUGAGUCAGCAUCUGAAGACUGCAGGACCGUGAUGAAGAGAGGGGGUGAAAGAAAGUGUCAUAACUUGAAACGGAGUUGGAGAUAUGCCCGAGACAUCAGGAGCAAAAAUGUGAUGAUAUGACCAUGUGAAAAGAUGGAGGGGAGAGUUCCUCUAUAAAUGCUGCAAUGUACACACACAUUACAGAGUUGUCAACAGCCUGCUGAACCUGAACAGAGAGAAGAACAAGAUCAUGGAAUUGACAUGAAUUGUAGUUGCCCAUAUCCUCUAGAUUUUUGGUUUCAAAUCUCAAGUUACAUUGAUCCAGAAGAUGUGGAAAGAUUUGCAAGAAUCUGCAAACACUGUACCAGUAUUGUGAGAUCUGCAUCAUUUUGGUUGUCAUUAUACAAGAGGUUUUAUAGGUCAGAUAUUCCCUUGCCACCAUAUCUGCAGCCUGCAGCAAUGACUCGGCGACAUGGAUUGAGAGCCAGAGUGAUUCGUGCAUUGUAUUUUUUGUAUAUGCCCAUGACUCGCAGGCUUCAGGAUCCUACUCUCUCUGAGUCGAGGAUUAUAGACAAAAUGUGUGUACAGCAGUGCCACAAGUAUCAUUUUGCAAUUGGGUGUUCUACAUUCAUUUUCAAGUUUCAAGAUGUGAAGCAUAUACCCGUACGAGGACAAGAACCUGUCGAAAAGGAAGAUGAUAUUUAUGCAAAUAGUGAUGAGGGAGCCAUAACAUUAAAGUUGACCUGUUCACAGAUUACAACUCCACCCCUAGUGCUCAUUGGACUGGUACUGCGAAGUAUCACAUUUCCUACUCCUGCAGAUCCAGGUGCCCAUGUGCAAAUUAGUGUGGGUGAUAAUUAUGUUGCAUCACCACCCAAGAUCAGCAUUGUCCUUAACAAAGUGAUUGCUGUACAAAUGACAGACUGGUGGCACCCAUGUUUCUCUCACACACACCCAUUCCAGUCAAUCUUGCAUCCAUGCUAUGCUGACCCAGAUGAAUUACUGGGUUAAACACAAGUUUGUUUGAAUACAAUGUGUAUGCAUGGGUGUGACAACCCCUUCAGUGUGUGAAAAACAUGGAGGAAAUUGGUCUGAAUUCAUUUGUACAUGCCACAAUUUGGGCAAAAAAAUGUUCACUCUGAAGGUACAUACAUUCUGCACAUUUGUGUUACUCAGACAAAUUAGCAUGGGUGAUAAUUAUAUUGCAUCAUCACAUCCAUUUCAGUCAAUGUUGCAUCAACGCUGUGCACAUGAAUUAUUGGGUUAAUUGCAAGUUUAUUUGAAUGCAAUAUGUAUGCAAAGAUGUAACACCUGGCUCCCAGUCAGUGUGUAGAUAAAGUAAUGAAUAAUAAGUGUGUGAAAGGCUUGGAACAAAAUGAUCUUAAUUCAUUUGCACGUGCUACAAUUUGGGCACAAAAAAUGUUCAUUCUGCAGGUACGUAAAUUAUGCACAUAUUUGUUACUCAGUCAAAUUAGCGUGGGUGAUAAUUAUAUUGCAUCACCAUUGAAGAUCAGUAUAUCCUUAACAGAGUGAUUACUGUACAAAUGACAACUUGUCAUCCAUAUUUUUCACAUACAUGUCCAUUUCAGUCAAUGUUGCACCCAUGUUGUGCAGAUCCAGAUGAAUUAUUGAGUUAAUCACAAGCCUCAAAUUCAGUGUGUAAAAAAAAUGAAUAAAUAAUGAUUAUGUGAAAGGCUUGGAACAAAAUGAUCUGAAUUCAUUUGGGCACAAAAAAUGUUCAUCCUGCAGGUACAUAAAUUAUGCACAUAUGUGUUACUCAGUCAAAGUAGUGUGGGUGAUAAUUAUAUUGCAUCACCACUCAGGAUCAGUAUAGUCCUUAACAGAGUGAUUACUGUACAAAUGACAGACUGGUCAUCCAUAUUUUUCACAUACACCUCAAUUUCAGUCAAUGUUGCACCCAUGUUGUACAGACCCAGAUGAAUUAUUGGGUUAAUCACAAGCCUCACACUCAGUGUGUAGAGAAAGUAAUGAAUAAUGAUUAUGUGAAAGGCUUGGAACAAAAUGAUCUGAAUUAAUUUGUACAUGCCACAGUUUAGGCACAAAAAAUGUUCAUUCUGCAAGUACAUAAAUUAUGCACAUAUGUGUUACUUAGUCAAGCCAUCCCCCUCCCCUCCCCUUCACCCACUCAGUGUGUAGAUAAAGUAGUGAAUAAUGUGCAUGUGAAAGGCUUGGAAUAAAAUGAUCUGGAUUCAUUUGUACAUACCACAAUUUGGGCACCAAAAAUGUUCAUUCUGCAGGUACAUAAAUUCUGCACAUGUGUGUUACUCAGUCAGAUUAGCAUGGGUGAUAAUUAUGUUGUAUCACCACACAAGAUCAGUAUAGUCCUUAACAAAGUGAUUACUGUACAAAUGACAGACUGGUCAUCCAUGUUUUUCACAUACACAUCCUUUUCAGUCAAGGGUACAGACCCAGAUAAAUUAUUGGGUUAAUCAAAAAUUUAUUUGAAUAUAAUAUGUAUGCAUAGGUGUGACACCUGGCCUCCCACUCAGUGUGUAGAUAAAAUAGUGAAUAAUAAGUGUAUGUAAGGCAUGGAACAAACUGAUCUGAAUUCAUUUGUACAUGCCACAGUUUAGGCACAAAAAAUGUUCAUUCUGCAAGUACAUAAAUUAUGCACAUAUGUGUUACUUAGUCAAGCCAUCCCCCUCCCCUCCCCUUCACCCACUCAGUGUGUAGAUAAAGUAGUGUAUAAUGUGCAUGUGAAAGGCUUGGAACAAAAUGAUCUGAAUUAAUUUGUACAUGCCACAGUUUAGGCACAAAAAAUGUUCAUUCUGCAGUUACAUAAGUUCUGUGCAUAAGUGUUAUUCAUUCGAGCCACCUCCUCCCAUCCCUCCACCCACUCAGUGUGUAGAUUAAGUAGUGAAUAAUGCACAUGUGAAAGGCUUGGAACAAAAUGAUCUGGAUUCAUUUGUACAUGCCACAAUUUAGGCACAAAAAUGUUCAUCUGCAGGAACACAAGUUCUGCAUGUAUCUUUUACUCAGUCAAAUUAGUAUGAGUGAAAAUUAUAUUGCAUCACCAUCCAGGAUCAGUAUAGUCCUUAACAAAGUGAUUACUGUACAAAUGACAGACUUGUCAUCCAUGUUUUUCACAUUUGAGUCAAUGUUGAACCCAUGCUGUGCAGACCCAGAUGAAUUAUUGGGUUAAUCACAAGUUUAUGUGAAUAAAAUAUGUGUGCAAAGGUGUGACACCUGGCUUCCCACUCAGUGUGUAGAUAAAAUAGUGAAUAAUAAGUGUAUGUAAGGCAUGGAACAAACUGAUCUGAAUUCAUUUGUACAUGCCACAGUUUAGGCACAAAAAAAUGUUCAUUCUGCAGUUACAUAAGUUCUGUGCAUAAGUGUUAUUCAUUCGAGGUAGCUCUUCCCCUUCCCCCCACCCGCUCAAUGUGUAGAUUAAGUAGUGAAUAAUGUGUAUGUGAAAGGCUUGGAAUAAAAUGAUCUGGAUUCAUUUGUACAUGCCACAAUUUGGGCACAAAAAAAUGUUCAUUCUGCAAGUAAGCAAGUUCUGCGCAUAUAUGUUAGUCGGUCAAAUUAGCAUGGGUGAUAAUUAUAUUGCAUCAUCACCCAGGAUCAGUAUAGUCCUUAACAAAGUGAUUACUGUACAAAUGACAGACUUGUCAUCCAUGUUUUUCACAUACAUAUCGAUUUCAGUCAAUGUUGCACCCCUUUUGUGCAAACCCAUAUGAAUUUUUGUGUUAAUUAAAAGUUUAUGUGAAUAAAAUAUGUAUGUAUAGGUGUGACACCUGGCUUCCCACUCAUUGUGUAGAUAAAAUAGUGAAUAAUAAGUGUGUGUAAGGCAUUGAACGAACUGAUCUGAAUUCAUUUGUACAUGCCACAAUUUAGGCACAAAAAAUGGUUCAUUCUGUAGUUACGUAAGUUCUGUGCAUAAGUGUUAUUCAUUCAAGCCACCCCCCCUCCCCCUCCUCCACUCACCCCAUCCACUCAAUGUGUGGAUUAAGUAGUGAAUAAUGUGCAUGUGAAAGGCUUGGAACAAAAUGAUCUGGAUUCAUUUGUACAUGCCACAAUUCGGGCACAAAAUAUGUUCAUUCUGCAAGUACGUAAGUUUUGCACAUGUGUUACUCAGUCAAAUUAGCGUGGGUGAUAAUUAUAUUGCAUCACCACCCAGGAUCAUUAUAGUCCUUAAGAAAAUGAUUAGUGUACAAAUGACAGACUUGUCAUUCAUGUUUUUCACAUACAUAUCGAUUUCAAUCAAUGUUGCACCCAUGUUGUGCAAACCCAGAUGAAUUUUUGUGUUAAUCACAAGUUUAUUUGAAUGCAAUGUAUAUGCAAAGAUGUGAUAACUCUCCCCUCCCCUCCCCUCCCCCCCUCCUCCUGCCACUCAGUGUGUAGAUAAAGUAGUGAAUAAAGAAUGUGUGAAAGGCUUGGAACAAAAUGAUCUGAAUUCAUUGAUAUGUGCCACAAUUUGGGCACAAAAAAUGUUUAUCCUGCAGCUACAUAAAUUAUGUAUAUAUGUGUUGAAUCUGCAAUCAGAUCUAAAUUAUGUUGGUAUUUGCAUCCUAUGAGUACUAAGUCUGUAAAUUUUGAUUGUUAAGGUAUUGGAGAAAAUUAAAGUAGUAGCUAGAUGUAGCAAUAGCAAUUGUGUUAAAUUCCAUGUAUGAUUGUUUCAGGUAGUAAAUGAAUAUAUAUCUGUAACAAUUUGAUUCUGUAAGACUUAAUUAUCCAAAUGUUAAGUGUUGUAUAACCAUAUGUAUUACAUAUUUAUUUGCAACAGGAUAUUAAGAAAUCAUGUAAUAAUUAAUAAAUUUGAUGUGUAAAUGUUGAUGGUUGUCAGAAAAUAAAGUUGUAAUCCUUAUGAUCACAUGUUGAGUUGUUGUUUGUGUUGUUCUAGGUGCGUAAAGUAAAUGAAGUCGCCAUACUGAAGUAACCAAGCAGCUAAGUGCAAAAGUGUGCUGACAACAAUGUUUAAAAAAUGAUGUGUUUGAAGAGAAAAA